AAGACGCGAAGGGGACGCCGGGAGAUGUAGUCCAGUGUCUGUCAUGUGACACCGGACGCGGAAGUGCUGUCCGGUGAUUCCUACUUGUUUUCACGGUUGUGGGGAAGAUGAACGGCCGUAGAGAGGCCCGGGGAGGGGGAAGAGGAGGAAGGCCGCCGGCGGGGACGAACAAAGCGGCCCCAUUCCUGCUCGGUUUCCCCAAUGCCGGAGACUCAGAUGACGAUGGGAGUUUGGAGGCAGAGCUCAUGGCCAUCACCGGAGCCAACAAAGCUGCGAAGAAAGAGAAAGGAAAAACCCCCCUCCCUAUGGAGCACAUUGAGCGUAUGGCGGCUCUCUGUAUGCAGGAUGUCGAUGAGGACGUCGAUGAUGACUUGGAAGACGACGAUGAGUUAAUGGCAGAACUGAAUGAUGUCCUGGGUGAAGACAACGAAGAAGAAGAACCCAAAGCGGCACCUACGCCACCAAAGGCUACGCCUGCCUUAGCUGGGGGCAUGGAGGGCACACUGCAGGAGCGUCUGUCCAUGUACAAGGAAGCCCUGGGCAAUGCCAAGCAGGCAGGAGAGGGAACCAAAGCCAGGAGAUAUGAACGAGGUGUAAAGACUCUGGAGGGCAUGCUGCGCACUGUCAAGAGGGGCGGUUCAGUUUCUGCUGAAGACAUGCCCCCUCUGGUGGCCACUGGGAAAACUUCAAGCACUCCUCCUGCAUCGGCGCCUGCUGUUAUCAACACACCGGACUCCCCUACUAGUCCCAGUCCUGCUGUGAAUGGGCUUCCAGCUCAGGUGCCAGUGCCCACCAAGACCGCUCCCCCAGUGCCCACCAAGACCGCUCCCCCAGUGCCCACCAAGACCGCUCCCCCAGUGCCCACCAAGUCCGCUCCCCCAGUGCCCAUGAAACCUCAGAGCCUUCCUCAGCCUGUGACUAUUGCGGCCCCCACCAUGUCGUCUGCUCCACUCACCCCCAGUCCAGCAUCAGAUGAGAACAAGACCCGAGUGAUGGAUCGGCAGAGGGAAUAUAAACUGGCGGCUAUCCAGAGCAAGCAGCAGGGGGACACCGAGCUGGCCACCAAGUACUACCGCAUCGCCAAGUCUCUAGAUCCCAUGUUGUCGGCCUUAGAUUCUGGACAGAUGGUGGACUUGGCUAAACUCCCUCCUCCUCCAGAUCAAUUGGCUCCAAGUAAGACAACAAUACCUCAGUCUCCAGUGAGCGCGGCCCCGUCCCCUUCCUCAGCUUUACCCCCUCCCCCUAAGGACACCAUGGAAGCCUUGCAGCAGAGGAUGGACAGGUACCGCAGCGCCGCCGAUCAGGCAAAGGCCAAGGGAGACGAUCGCAAGGCACGGAUGCAUGAACGCAUUGUCAAGCAAUACCAAGAUGCCAUACGGAGCCACAAGGCUGGAAAGCAAGUCGAUCUGGCAGAGUUACCGGUGCCGCCAGGUUUCCCUCCAAUCCAUGGAUCUGAAGCUGUUUCCCAGGAGCAAAGUCUGGUUGGUGUGCUGGAAACGGCAAUGAAGCUGGCCAAUCGGCAGGAUGGAGAUGGCGAUGAUGAUGAUGAUGAUGACGAAGAGGAGGAGGAAAAGAAAGGGCCAGCUGGACCUCAAAAGCCAGCCACCCGUCCAGGACCUGGGUCUAGCCUGCAGCCAGCUGCCCCCAGGCCGUCUCCCCCCAAGAGUCCCAAAUUAACUGGAAAAGCUCAGCAGCAGCUCCAGUUUUUGGAAGGAAGAAAAAAGCAGCUGCUGUCCGCCGCCCUCCGGUCCAAGCAGCACAAAGAUAUGGAGGGGGCCAAAAUGUACCUGCGCCAGUCCAAAGGCCUGGACCCCAUGAUCGAAGCUGCCCGGGGAGGCCUGCCUGUGGAUAUCACCAAGGUCCCCCCUGCCCCUGUAAACCAGGAGGAUUUUACCCUGGACCGGAAGGGCCAAAGCAGCGAGAAGUACACCAAGCUUAUAGAGCAGCUGAAGAAGCAGCACGAGAUGUGUAUGUCGUAUUCUCAGCAAUUCACCCAUCUAGGAAACAUCACAGAGACUGCAAAGUAUGAGAAGCUGGCGGAGGAAUGCAUGAAGUACAUUGAGACCGUGAAACAGGCGCACUCGCGGGGUCUCCCUGUGCCGCACUGUCACUACGAGGAGAGGACUGUCAGCAUUGUUAAGAUAUUCCCAGAACUGACCAAUUCGGAUCUUGUGUUGUAUGUGAAAAAAGCAGUGAAUUUACCCACAGGUUCAUCUCCCAGCGAUAUGGAUACCUAUGUGCGCUUUGAGUUUGCUUAUCCUAGUCUGGAGGAAGCACAGAGAGAUAAGACCAACGUCCUAAAAGGGACCAACUCUCCAGUGUAUAAGGAGAAGUUCAACCUGCAGAUAAAUCGCAAUCACCGCGGCCUGAAGAGGGCGAUACAAGCGAAAGGAAUCAAGUUUGAAGUCAUCCAGAAAGGGGGGCUCUUCAAAUCUGACCGGGUAUUGGGAACAGCGCACCUCAAGUUGGAGACUUUAGACAACACUUGUGAGAUCCGAGACAUCCUGGAGGUGAUGGACGGCCGCAGACCUACAGGGGGCAAAUUAGAGGUGUGCGUCCGAAUACGGGAGCCCUUCACAUCUCAACAACUAAGCAGCAGCACAGAGAAGUGGCUGGUCGUAGAACCCAUCAGCCUUCCUCCGCCUCCAGCUUCAAAACCAAAACAACCAACCCACAGUAGAUCUUCUUCCGAUAGCCCCCAGACCCUUCACUGCCUGAGUGUCUUGGUCUUUGAGAAGGAGAAGCUGGAGAAGAAGGUUCUAGCUUACAGGCAGCAGAACCGCGCCCCUCCCAAUGACCUCAUAGCUCUGCUCAAUGAUGUCACUCAGCGCAGGGAGCAACAGAUGCAGCAGCUACGCCAUGGGGGACCCGCCAUCCGUGGGGAAUAUGUUCGGCAGCUAGAGCGGUACUUGCAGUUUUACUCCGAUUCUGCGCGGCGCCUGGGGCAGGAGGGGAACAGGGAAGCAGCAAAGGAGGCUUUAUACAAGAGAAACCUUGUAGGCAACGAGCUGCAGAAAAUGUCCAGAUGAAGAUCUGGAGAAUCUUCACCCCAGGAGGCUCUCAUCCUUCUCACCCCAGGAGGCUCUCAUCCUUCUCACCCCAGGAGGCUCUCAUCCUUCUCACCCCAGGAGGCUCUCAUCCUUCUCACCCCAGGAGGCUCUCAUCCU